GCAUCUUGUGUGGAAAAUAGUUUUUGGACACAUACACGAUGUGUCAUAUUAGUUCACAUAUAACAGAGAGCCAAAAAACUAUUAUCAGUUAGUUGCUGCAAGUAAUUGGAGCAAUAAUAUCCGAGGGGCCCCACAUCUUCAUCAAGAAAGUAGAAUAUGGAAGCAAAGUGUUUGGUUGAAGGAAAUUAGGAAAUGCAUGAACGCAAAAAAUCUUAUUGAAUUCCUGGCUACAUAAAAAUGGCUUCCCCUUUUAACUCUUACGUUCUAUCUUCUGAUCUCAAACCACCGUGUCUAAGAUUGAACCAUUGUAUGCCUGUUUAAAUUGUGUUAGCAGCUUAAACAUUAUCCAAAUAAUACUUGUAAAUUAUAGUUCUCUUAUGAUCAUAAAAUUGAGCAUCUCUAAAAUUUUCAGUCACUGAAUGUGAGGAUGGACCAUCUGGAAUUACAAUAUAUGCUGAUGCAGAAACUGAUGGAUAGAAGAUGGGAAAUUGCCAAAAUGGUGCAGCAUGAACGAAGGAUGAAAAUGACCGUUGAAUUUCCAGGAAUAAAUGCACCCUUCCCUGCAGAGGCAGAUGGAAAAUUUAGGCUCCUGGUCCUUCAAGUUCAGAACUGUUUAGGAGUAGGUCACAGUCACAAUAUAGAUCAAACCAUUCUUCUGAACCUGGCAGCAGAGGACUCAAACAAAGGUAUUAUGGCGAUUUUGAAGAUGAAGGCCCUCCCGGAGUUGACUUUAGAUUUAGCUCGCCCUACCCCCCAAGCAGAGGGCUCGAACGAAGGUAUUAUGGUGAUUUUGAAGAUGAAGGUCCUCCCGGAGUCGACUCUAGAUUUUGCUUGCCCUAUCCCCCAAGGUAUGAUAAUUAUGAUUCUGCUUACAGUUUUCCAACUCCAAGAGGUCCUAUUUCAAGGCCACGAAGCCCACCCUGGGGGAGGUGCUAUUACAAGAGGGGUAGAUGGAGCCCUUGAAGUAUAAAGAUUUUGCUAGUUAUGGUUCCUAUAGUUCUUUAAGACAUUCACCAUGGUCUCAUGGUUCAACCAGAUAUGAAAAUGAGUUUGAUGAUAGAUGGGAUAAUAGCUACCAGGAAUAUUCAUCUUUGUUUGGAUAUGAAUAUCACAGCCGAUGGUGAACGGCAUUGUUGUAGCUUUUGAUUUUGUCACUAGAUAUGAUUGUUGAGCAACCAUGAUGCCAUAACUUGU